AUGAUCAGUGCCAAGUCCACUACGGAGGACGUCGUCAGAGGUCUCGGAUUCACUUGCAACGACUAUCUCACAAAGCCGUUUGUGAAGGAAGAAGUCCUGGCCAGAAUAGAAACUCAGGUCAAGUUGAAGACCGAACGCGCUCAGAAGACUUCUCACGAUGCGGCUGUCUUCAAGUUUCUCUUGGGCGAUGGGCUUGCCGAGAAGUAUCUGGGGUGCAUUGACGAGGCUGGGGUGUUGAGCCCACACAGAGUCGGCCUAGAGACUGCUGUUGAUCUGUAUGGCAUCGCUACUGCUACUAUGGGGGAGUGGGAAGAUCUAAAGGUCUUCUCUAAUGCUUGCGUAUGGGUCGUGUGCGAUACGGCUAGGCACAUGAGGCAGGACGAGAGAUCCCGAGGACGUCCUCAACUGGUCCACGCCAACCAGCAUAUGUGUGCUCUCUUCUCUGGCUGGCCUCAGCAUGCCGUCGACGCCCUCCGCUUCGCGGACGCCUAUCUUGACGCGUUGAAGGCUGACUCGACUUUCGCUCGUGUUGAAGUCAAAAUAGUCCUUCACAGUGUGUCGGAGUCUGAUGAACCUCUGAUCGCAGGGGCGGUCGGGCCUGUCCUCAUCGGCAACGCAGUGCGGUUGUGCAAGUACAUUCUGGAUGAGGUCCCUCCAGUAGCCUGUGGUGCCCACGGCUGCGUCCUUGUCACUGCUGCUUGUCUUGAGGCACACGGGGAAGAGCAACCGCCACGAAGCCAUCUGAUCGACUAUGGGGAGGUUAUCAGAGUGAACAGCAAUGAGGAGAAGCCGGUAGCGUAUCUCCGCCGUGGCCGAGCUCGUCUUGCCAGCGGUCAGGUUCAUGUGAUCAGUGAAAAGAUGGAUCUCUCUUUGGCCGAAGCCGUCGACUUGCUCAAAUCCGAAUUGGCUAUAGCGACUGGUGGGUUCGAGAGGCUCAGCUCGAAAACUCCGGGCUCUCUCAGACGCUUCUCGCAUCCGAGAGAUCAAAGAUAUAGUGUUGGCCGAAGCCCAUCACGAAGCAGCAGCACCGACGAUCCCCACGGUGGCACGUGUAAGCGGUAUUGCGAAAAUCGUGAGAAGCAGGAGAAAGAGAAGGCCUCGUUGAGACGACAGGCUACGGAUUUGGACACGGCAGCUGUAGAUCGGAAGGCAGGGAUUGGUCGAGUCAACUAUCUCCCCGAUGCCUCUCCCUGUCAGGAGAACGCCUUCAUGAAUAGAGACAAUUGGCUGGAGACCGAAAGCUCGAGCUUUCAAGUAACUUGCUCCGAGGGGAUGCCUGAUACUCAAGGCUCAGAUACUAAGGCUGGCAUCACUGCGGAGAAGAAAUGCCUCUUUACAGUGCUCUUUGAAGGACGCAAUAGCCGAUAA